GUUUUUCUUUAUUCUUGUCCAAACAAAAUAUCGAAUCCAACGGCCACUAAUUUGUUUGAAUCAAAUCUUUGAGAUUUCAACGCAAAGCAAUGGCAGCGUUGUAUGGAGUAUGGAGCUGCUGCUGCUGCUGUUGUUCCAACAAGCCCCACUUUUGAAAACCCUAACAAGUAAUCGAGAUGGUUUUCAGGAAUAAAUUUCUGUUUUCGUCUAAGAAAUCCGAUUCAAGUUCUAGUCCAGAUGGAUCCAACAGCAGUCCCAGAUCGUUCGGGUCCGGUUCGCUGAUCCGAUCGGACAAGAAGAAGCCGAAGUCAUCUGCUUCUUCCAAGGAGGAGUCAUCUAAGCAGACGGAAUUGGCAAAAGAUGUGGCGCCCAAGAAGAAGGGGCUGUCAUUGAGAGGGAAAGGUAAAGAAACGACAGUGCCGCAGAAUCAACCUAAAACUCCUGAUAAACCUGUUCUCAACUCCAAGUCGAAGAAAGUUGUUGAGGAAGCGGCGUCAGUGUCACCAAUACUGGCUUCAUCGUUGGGGUUGAAUCGGAUAAAGACUCGAUCGGGUCCUUUGCCACAGGAGAGCUUCUUUGGGUUGAGAGGAGACAAGGGCAACUCUGUGGCAGUGCUCGGGGGAAGUAAUUUAUCGAGGCUGAGUGGCGGUGAUGGUGGGUUGGUUCAUGGGAAAUCGGGGACCGUAGGGAAGAAGCAGGAAAUUGCGGGUCAGAGUAGAACGAUGGGCAGGGUUGAUAAUGGGACUGGGACUAAUACGGGUGGUAUGUGUACUGGAAGCGGGCUAUCCAGAGAGCAGAGCCCUAGUGUGCUGCCAGGGUCCCGGUUGCACAAUGGGGAAUCGUCUUCGGAAGCAGGUCAGAAUGAGUCAUCAUGGGGUCGAUCGGGGGACUUAAAAAGUUCAGAUGUAUGUACACCCGAGACGUCGUAUGAUUGCAAAAACCCACAGGAGUCUGAAUCUCCCCGUUUCCAAGCUAUUCUCCGUGUCACAAGUGCACCUAGGAAGAGAUUCCCGAGUGACAUCAAAAGUUUUUCUCAUGAACUAAAUUCAAAAGGUGUACGGCCUUUCCCUUUUUUUUGGAAGCAAAGAGGCUUAAAUAACUUGGAGGAAAUCUUGGUUGUUAUAAGCGGAAAAUUUGACAAAGCAAAGGAAGAAGUGAAUGCUGACCUGGCCAUUUUUGCGGCAGAUCUGGUUGGCAUUCUUGAAAAGGAUGCAGACGGUCAUCCUGAGUGGCAGGAAACUAUUGAGGACUUGUUGGUUUUGGCCCGAAGCUGUGCUAUGACAUCUCCGGGAGAGUUUUGGCUUGAGUGUGAAGGCAUAGUUCAAGAGUUGGAUGACAGGCGGCAAGAACUUCCUCCAGGAAUACUGAAGCAGCUUCAUACUCGAAUGCUUUUCAUUCUCACACGAUGCACCAGAUUGUUACAGUUCCACAAGGAAAGUGGGCUGGGUGAGGAUGAUCAUGUCUUUCAGCUUCGUCAAUCUGGAGUCCUGCAUUCUGCUGGUAAAAAAGUGCCUCCAGGCGUGGGAAGGGAUGGGAAAAGUUCCGAUGCUACAAAGGCGGCUUCAGCACGGAAGUUCUAUAGUCAGGAGCAGCGUGGCUUGGAUUGGACGGGAGACCAUGUGGCAGCAUGCUCUGGAAAUUUCGUCUCUCUUGCUGCUGAUGCCACUUCUGAUGAUUUAGAGUCUCCAGUUGGAAGGGAUCGGAUGUCUUCUUGGAAGAAAUUGCCAUUUCCUGGGGUCAAAAGCUCAAAGGAAGUUGCUCUGGCGAAGGAGCAGAAUGAUGUGAAGGUUGAACCUUUGAAGACAUCGAUGGCCAGUAAAGGAGUUUCUGAUGUUGAUCUGACUCCUUCUAAGCCUUCGGAGCUUCCUCCUACUAAAGAUUCUCAUGAACAUUCUUCUAAGCACCAACACAAAGUUUCUUGGGGUUACUGGGGUGAUCAGCCGAUUGUUUCAGAUGAAAGUUCAAUAAUUUGUCGAAUAUGUGAGGAGGAGGUUUCAACUUUACAUGUGGAAGACCAUUCAAGAAUUUGUGCAAUUGCAGAUCGAUGUGAUCAGCAGGGUCUCAGUGUCAAUGAACGUCUUGUCAGGAUUUCAGAGAGUUUGGAUAAGAUGAUGGAGAAUUUCGCACGGAAGGAGAUGACACAUGUAGUUGGAAGCCCAGAUGUUGCAAAAGUAUCAAAUUCAAGUUUGGCUGAAGAAUCUGAUAUGCUCUCCCCAAAACUCAGUGAUUGGUCCAGGAGAGGGUCUGAGGAUAUGCUUGACUGUUUUCCUGAUGCUGAUAACUCAGUUUUUAUGGAUGACCUGAAGGGUUUACCCUCUAUGUCAUGUAAAACACGUUUCGGACCAAAGUCUGAUCAAGGAAUGACCACAUCUUCUGGGGGUAGCAUGACUCCUAGGUCACCAUUAUUGACACCAAGGAACAGUCAUAUUGACUUGCUGUUGGCUGGGAAGUGUGUUUUUUCUGAGCAUGAUGAUGUUCUGCAGAUGAAUGAACUUGCUGAUAUUGCAAGAUGUGUAGCAAAUACACCUUUAGAUGAUGACCGCUCAAUUCCCUAUUUAAUAUCUUGUCUUGAAGACUUAAAGGUGGUCAUUGACCGUCGCAAGUUUGAUGCGCUUACUGUCGAAACUUUUGGGGCACGCAUUGAGAAGCUAAUUCGGGAGAAGUAUUUGCAGCUUACUGAGCUAGUGGAAGAUAAAAAGGUUGAACUAACGAGUACGGUAAUUGAUGAAGAUGCUCCUUUGGAAGAUUAUGUAGUGCGUAGCUUGAGAACAAGCCCCAUACAUUCUUCUAAAGACCGUACUUCUAUAGAUGACUUUGAGAUAAUAAAGCCAAUCAGUCGUGGGGCAUUUGGACGGGUCUUUUUGGCUAAAAAGAGGACAACGGGGGAUCUUUUUGCCAUAAAGGUUCUUAGAAAGGCAAAUAUGAUUCGAAAGAAUGCUGUUGAAAGUAUAUUAGCUGAAAGAGACAUUUUAAUUUCGGUCCGCAACCCUUUUGUGGUACGUUUCUUUUAUUCAUUCACAUGUCAUGAGAAUUUGUAUCUUGUGAUGGAGUAUUUAAAUGGGGGAGAUUUGUAUUCCCUGUUGAGAAAUUUGGGCUGCUUAGAUGAAGAUGUUGCUCGAGUAUACAUAGCAGAAGUUGUGCUUGCUUUGGAAUAUUUACACUCACUUCGUGUGGUCCAUCGUGACUUGAAGCCUGAUAACUUGUUGAUUGCCCAUGAUGGUCAUAUCAAGUUGACUGAUUUUGGGCUUUCAAAGGUUGGUCUCAUCAAUAGUACUGAUGAUUUGUCGGGUCCAGCAGUUAGUGGGACAUCCUUGCUUGGGAAUGAUGAACCCGAGCUAUCUGCAUCUGAGCAUCAGCAAGAAAGGAGGAAGAAGCGUUCUGCUGUGGGCACUCCCGACUAUUUGGCACCAGAGAUACUUUUGGGGACGGGACAUGGCACAACGGCAGAUUGGUGGUCUGUGGGUGUCAUCUUAUUUGAACUGAUUGUGGGCAUUCCACCUUUCAAUGCAGAACAUCCACAGCAAAUAUUUGAUAAUAUUCUCAACCGUAAAGUACCUUGGCCCCGGGUGCCUGAAGAAAUGAGUGGCGAAGCACAAGAUCUCAUUGAUCGACUAUUGACUGAAGAUCCUCAUCAAAGACUUGGGGCUGGAGGAGCAUCGGAGGAUAACACAAUCAAAGCUUUUAUGAUUCAGGUGAAGGAGCAUGUAUUCUUCAAAGAUAUCAGUUGGGACACCCUUGCCAGGCAGAAGGCGGCAUUUGUUCCCAGUUCAGAUAGUGCACUUGAUACCAGUUAUUUUACUAGUCGCUAUUCAUGGAAUACUUCGGAUGAGCAUGUAUAUCAAGCCAGUGAUCUUGAAGAUCCCAGUGAUUCUGACAGCUCAAGUGGCAGCAGUAGUUGCAUGAGCAAUCGCCAGGAUGAAGUGGGUGAUGAAUGUGGAGGUCUUGCGGAGUUUGAUUCCAGCUCAUCUGUUAAUUAUUCCUUCAGUAAUUUUUCAUUCAAGAACCUCUCUCAGCUAGCAUCGAUCAACUACGAUCUUCUCACAAAGGGUUGGAAGGAUGAUCCUUCAACUAAUCAUAAUUCAUAGCCACCAUGUCCUCCCUAUCAAGGGCUGGAGUUGGUUGUAUUUACCGCGCUUUCUCAACGUUUGUUGUUUGUAUACCCUGUACAUAUAUAGAAGAAAAUACCCGAGACUGAAACUGCUCCGGGAUGUGGUCUUUCCUCCGCCAGGUGAUGCUGAAUGAAUGGAGGGGUUUGAAUUUUACUGUGGAAUGGUUUUGUCCCAUUUUCAUGUAUUCUGAUUUACAUAUUACAGACUGUUGGCCUACAAGGUACUACUAAUGAUUGCCCCCCUCCCUCAGUAUCAAUAAGAUCAUAUCCCCAUAAUUUUUUUUCAGUUCAGUUUUUCACAUCUUGAAUUGAAACCUUUGGACUGAAUCUGGAAAGUGUAUCAGCUACUAUGAAACUGUUCCGGGAUGUGAUCGUUCAUGCAAGCUUGCGGGGUGUGGAGCAAGAACCUCUUCUUGUAUGUAAUCUGAAACACAAAUUACAAAGACAGCACCCCUUUCACUGG